GCCGCAUACCAUCUGUACAGACAUCCGCGAACUGACCGACUGUCACAAUAUUAUAACGGAUUUUUCGUUCUAUCAACUGUUCUGGAAUACAGGAUUUUCAUUCGAGUAAACAACUAUUAGAUACUGAAUGUAUUUGUUCGGUAGAGUUUUAUUACUUUGAUUGUUCGCAAAGACAUUGAACAGUUUGAAAGAGAGAGAGAGAGCGCGCAAAUUCCGUGGGAUAGAUUUAUUCAUCCAAAACUGUAUUAGAGCGGUGGCAAUAGAGAACAACAUCCUGUGUGAUGUCGGUCUGUUUCGAUGUGAUUCCGUGAGGGACUGACAGACCUGAACCGGAGAAUUGUUCUGCCAUGCUCCAGCAGAGGCCCCCCAUGUGCCAACCUGCACCGGAGAAGUUGUUGAUUCUGGGGUGAGUGUGAGGAGUACCUCCCCUGCUCUCUCCACUUCCACCCUGCCACCCCCUACUCCACACCGAGACAUGGUUUAGCCCAACCUGUCCAGCAGUCAAGAUGAUGGCCUCUGUGGUUGCCAACGGAAACAGGACGAAGUCACUGUCCCUGAAAGGGGUGGACCCAGAAACCUGCAUGAUCGUCUUCAGAAACCACUGGGCACAGGUGGUGAAGAUCUUGGAGAAACAUGAUCCUGUGCAUAAUAGCGGCGGUGUGUGCCUUCGUCUCGGUCCGAUCCCCGGUGACGAGGCCAGCGCGGUACAGAACUACGUAGAACACAUGCUGUUGCUGCUGAUGGAGGAGGAGCCGGGCCAAGGCGGAGCGAUGGGAGCCAUCCUAGAGUUAGUUGUUGUCGAAGGAGUGAUGGAGAGGCUGUUCCUCUGGAGUCUGAGACGACACUUCACUGAUGAUAUGAAACUGGAACAACUGAGGAUGUACCAGAUGCUUCUAUCUCAGGCCAGACAGCCUCUACUGCACCACAAGCCUGUUCUCCGACCCUUAAUGAUGCUGUUAUCCUCCUGUGCUGGGGCUGGGGCUGGAGGAAGAGGAGGAGGAGGGGGGUCAGUGGAAGCAGAGUUGGUGCUCCUACUCAACCAGCUGUGUGGUGCGCUGGCUAAGGAUCCCUCCGUGUUAGAGUUAUUCUUCCACACCAGUGAGGACCAGGGCGCGGCCAACUUCCUGCUCUUCUCCCUGCUGAUCCCCUUCACCCAUCAGGAAGGCAGCGUAGGACAGCAGGCCCGGGACGCUCUGCUGCUCAUCAUGAAGCUGUCGGCCUACAACCCCAGAGUCGCUACACACAUCACAGACAACACCUACUUCUGUCCUGUCCUGGCUACAGGUCUGAGUGGUUUGUAUUCGUCUCUACCUGCGAAGCUGCAGGUGUAUAGUGAAGACUGGCAUUGUCUGGAGAGAGCUGACUGGAUACAGGUUCCGGCUUUGGUCCAGUUCCUGAACUCUCUGCAGUUCUGCUGCUCUGUCAUUAAGGUUGGCCAUCCCUCCAUCAGAGGUCAGUUGUUGGGAUAUAUCUACAAUGGCUUCCUGGUUCCUGUACUGGCUCCAGCUCUGCACAAGUGUACACUAGAAGAGGUGAUGACCACUACAGCUUAUCUGGACCUCUUCCUCCGCUCGGUGUCAGAGCCCGCCCUCCUCCAGACCUUCCUCUCCUUCAUACUGCUACACACACACGACAACGUCCAGCUCCUAGACACGCUGGUCUCCAGAGUUAACACACCCUUCCAGUUAGGUACAGUGUCUCUGGCUCUGUUCCGAACGCUCAUUGGUCUGUUCUGUGAAGACGUCAUGCUUCAGCUCAUACUCAGGUAUCUGAUCCCGUGUACACACCUGUGUGUGAGAGAACGCCGCUCUCUGAAGGACAGAGACACCUACUCUUCCUCAGCUGUUAACCUACUCUUCCUCACUCCCUCCUGGUGCCCCCUGCGCCUCGGAGCUGUGAACACUCACACACAACACAUCCACUGGGCCUUGGGGACAGACGUUCCCGUGUCAGAGGGUGACAGUGUUGGUUACUCCAGGAUUUGCAGGACAGACUUCCUGAUGAAUGUUAACUAUCUCCAGUACCUCUGGGAUGCUAGAGUCGGGAUCGCUGCAUCGCUCCAGGCCUGUCUGGUCUGGUCUGGUCCCUAUGACGGGGUGAACCCUGUACCUCGGGAGGAGGAAGACGGGGAAGAAGAGAGAGAGGAGGAGAAGACAGAUCGAACAGGCCCUCCCCUCACCUCCCCCCCUGUAACCAUGGGAAACCAACAUAGAGGGGGAGACGGAGGGAGGGGAAGUGUGGUAGAGUUGGAGUGGGAUGAUAGCUAUGAGUGGGAUGAUAGUGCCCUCCCCCCCUCCUCCCUCCCCCCCACCUCCUCCUCCCCUACCCCCCCUGUACAUAUGGAAACCCCUCAGCAUAUUCAGGAGAUGAGACGUUCAGCCAUAAUGUUGAUCCAAGGCUCCUACGUAGAGGAGUCCGACUUUCAGGACGAUGUGUUGGCCUAUAACCUCGUAGCACAGAAAGACGCUGCUCGUAGCCGCGAGGUGGACUACAAACCUGACCGCAGGACUACUCCACAGACCAGCACACCGGCUGUCAGGAGCACAACAUCGACUGCACUUGCUCACAGACAUGGAACACAUAGACGAGAGAAGGAGGGGGUGAGAGAGGAGGAGGGGCUGAGAGAGGAGAAUGUAUCACAACCACACCAGCUCAGUAACGGUCUGAGCUGUGAGGACCACACAGUCAAUAAGGAGGUCGAUGAUGACCGUAAACGCACGCCGUCUGGACCGCAUUUGGACCAUAACUGCAACAUGACGGUGACCACGACCGUGACGAAUGACCUGAACGCCGCAGAGCACCAGGAGAGAACCACCUCAGAGAACCACAUACACCCUGUCCUGAACGGUCUCCCUGAUGUCGAGAAACAGCAGGACUGGAACAAGACCGACGCUGAUCAUCCUCUAACCCCGAUUACGACCUCGGCGGUGGGUGACAACUUCCUGUCCCAGUAUCGGGAGCUCAUGCGCUCGCUGGGGGCGGAGCCUGAUGAUGUCACCGAUGACAUCACAGCGUUCAGGAAGCGGGUGUUGGCUCUGGCCCAGGAGGAGGAGGAGGAGGAGGAGGACGAGGAGGACUUUAGCGUGUUCUCUACAGACUCACCGGAACCGAAGGAUGCCGAUCUGGAACCGGAGAACAGUCCAGGACUGACGAGGAACAGCCAAGACAGAAAACAUGGGAUACCCUUCACUGGCCCGUUCAUUAGUGUUCUGCUGUCUCGGUUGGAGAACCUGUUGGAGAACCCUAUUCCAGUCAAUCUGCUAGUUACAGGCAUCCUGUCUCAGCUCGCCAAAUACCCCCAGCCUCUCCUCCGAGCGUUCCUCCUGAACACGCACACUGACCCACAGCCCAACGUACGCACACUAUACCAGGUGCUGGUCUCAGUGCGUGUCCAGAUCGAGCAGUACGCAGUGGACCAGACGGAGUUUCCUGCUACAGUCAGAGAAGCAUGGAGAUACCUACUGGCUAGAGACCAAGCACUGAAACUCAGAGAGCUCCUCCAGGACAGCCAUAGUGAAUACAGGAAGAGUGUUCUACCCAAUGGAACACAGCAGAUAACGCAGAACGUUCCGCCCUGUCCCAACAUUCCUCCGCAGGCCAGGAACAGAGUCUUCGCUACGGUUCUAUAUGCAGAGUUCUUAAAGGAGUUAGCUGCCAUUGCACAGGAACACUCUAUAGUACCUGACUCACCGAUAGAGGACUAGAUUAACACACCUGACUCACCUAUAGAGGACUAGAUUAACACACCUAACUCACCUAUAGAGGACUAGAUUAACACACCUGACUCACCGAUAGAGGACUAGAUUAACACACCUGCCUCACCUAUAGAGGAGAUUAACACACCUGACUCACCUAUAGAGGACUAGAUUAACACAC